UAACAAUACUGCGCCGGCGCCGCUCCAGUGUCCACCCGACCUGACGGGACCAUGUUCCUACAAGUGCUCUCACUAUGUCUGCUGCUCAGCCCAGCUUUAGCCGGCUACUUCCAUCGCCACCCGGACCAUUAUCACCACAGCGGACAUUACCACAGUGGUGAAGAUAGCGGCUCCAGCUCCGACGAAGGCGGCUACAGCAGCAGCAGUGAUGAAGAUAAAGGAGGUCCUGAUAAGUACCACCAUCACAGCUGGCACCACCACGGGCCGCCGCCCUACGGCAGCUGGCACGACCAUCAACCCCCGAAGGGAGGCUGGCACGACCAUCAGCCCCCGAAGGGAAGCUGGCAUGACUUCGAGCCGCCUAAAGACGGCUGGCAUCACUUCCACAUGCCAGGAUUCGUACACAAACACCCGGAUCACCACAAGGAGGUCAUCAAGGGAGAUGGUGGUAACAAAGGCCAUGAGAAUGCAACAGUAGUAGAACACAAGGAAGAGCAUAACGAAACUAAAGUUGAAGAACCAGUGGUGGAAAACAACGGAACUGUUGUGGAACAGAGUGGACAAGGCUUCAUUGUCAGUCAAGCCGGUGGUCAGGGAGAGACAAUGCAAGGAGGAGAGCAAGUUGUGGAAACUGAAGCUUCAAUAGCAAAUGUUACCUCUACUGAAGCCUACAAAGAAUUCACGAACGCUGUCACAGAAAAAGUUCACGUUGAAGAGAAGAAACACGAUGAAGAAGGCCACAAACAUACAGGAGUAUACUCCGGAGGAGGCCACAGUGAGGGUGGCCAUAGCGAAGGAGGUUAUGAAGAGAAAAUAGAAGUCUUAGUUCCACAAACGGAAAAAGACGUUGUCACAACAGAAGCAGUGACCGAAGCCCAAACGGUCAUAGUUCAGGGUAACGGACAAGGCGCAAUUGUGGAGCAAGGGAACCAGGGAGCCAAUGGAGAACAGGGCCAAGCAGAAGUAUCCUCAGCUCCAGGCUCGACUGAAAGUAGCACUUUCUUCACCAACCCACCAGAAGACAUGCACUCGACCGUCCUACUCAGCGUCCACCACGACCAGCCAGAUGUCAGCGACAGAGACUCCACAAUCGAUUCAGGGUUUGUAAGAAUUAAACCAGAAGUCUUGGACAAUCGCCCUACUGCCUCGGCUCAAACCACACCUGAAGUCUUCAGUGCACCGCAAGACUCCAACUCCAAUCCAACAGUCUCCACAGAGCAGAAUACCUUCGCUUCCUCUCCUUCUCAAGACUCGAUCCAAUGGCAAGACGUGGAGAUGCCCCAGGCUAAUAUACAAGACGUGUUCGGAACUCCUGUGACGUCACAGCCGACCGGAGCCCCAUCUACUCUGCCUGAUGCGCUGAUCAGUGCGGUGUUCCCGACUCCUGAAGCCAUCAGCCGUCUGCCGCGCCGCGCCGCCCCCGCCGGCACCUUCCUGGGCUCCUGGAUGACGUCGAGGAAAGGUCGCCGCUUCGAGGCCUACCGAGGGAUCAGAUACGCCGAGCCGCCAGUAGGCGAAUUGCGAUUUGAGCUAGCCCGCCCCAUCCUCUCCCACCCCUUGCCGGUGGACGCCAGCGCGGAGGGCCCCGCGUGCCCGACCCGGGCUCCAGAGGAGUACUACGUCAACUUCAGCGAGGACUGUCUGCGGGUCAAUGUAUACACGCCCGGGAAUAGCAGCCGUCCUCUCCCCGUGAUAGUGUUCAUCCAUGCUGGAGGCUUCUACUCCAUGUCGGGGCGUAGUGACCUGGCGGGCCCGCACUACCUCCUCGACCGCGAUGUCGUCCUGGUCACCAUCAACCACAGACUCGGCUCGCUAGGUUUCCUCAGCACAGACGACGAACUAGCUCCCGGCAACAACGGCCUAAAAGACCAGGUGGUAGCCCUGCAGUGGGUGCAGAGAAACAUCGCGGCCUUCGGAGGAGACCCUAACCUGGUCACUAUCGCCGGGUGCAGUGCCGGGUCUUAUAGUGUGCUGUUGCACAUGAUAUCGCCUAUGUCUAAAGGACUAUUCCACCGAGCGAUAUCCCUGUCGGGGUCACCAAUCCGCAAGGUGCCCACGCCGCGGCACCUGCGGCCCCUGGCGGUGAGACAGGCCGAGCUGUUGAACUGCCCCACCGACAGCAGCCGGGCCAUCGUCGACUGUCUCAGGACAAAGACUUGGAGGGAGAUAGGGGACUCUCUGAGUGGAUUCUUUGAGUUCGACUACGACCCGGUCGGUCUCUGGAUGCCGAUCAUCGAGCGCCCCCUGGGCCAGGAGCGCUUCCUCACUGAAGACCCGGCGGACGCGGUGAAGAGCGGCAGGAUGUAUGCUGUUCCGUACAUUGUGAGCCAGACGCAAGCCGAGUUUUAUUGGAAGGCUUUCAGGGUCCUCAAAAACGCCACCCUCCUCGCGCAAAUGAACUCCAACUGGACCGCCAUAGCUCCCAUCUCCUUCAUCCUGGACCGUUCUGGGCCCUCAUUGGCUGUCUCCAGUGCUCUCAGGAAGGCGUACCUCAACGACCGGCCGCUGGCUGAUGAUGAGCAGAGCGCGCGCGGGCUGGGCACUCUGUAUGGAGACGCGGUUAUUGGGUUUGAGGUGCAUCGCCUCGCCAACCUGAUGUCGAAGUACUCCCCCCACAAGGUGUUCUACUCCGAGUUCGCGUACGUGGGCGACAGCAGCCACUACGUCGACCCACAGACCAACAGACCUAUAGGAGCGAUGCACCACGAUGACCUCAUCUACCUGUUCAGUCUGAGCUACGCGUUUCCCUUCAUCAGUGCGGAGAGCAAGCAUGGACCGUUCGUGGACAUCAUGACUGGGCUUUGGAGCACCUUCGCGAGAUACGGUGAUCCGAAUCCCCGCGGCGACAUACCGGAAAUAGCGAACAUCUCGUGGCCCGCCAUGACACCCGCCGGCCGGAAGUACCUGCGGCUAGGGAAUCAAAUCACCGUCCGAGAGAGACUGUUUGAAGAAAGGUUCCGGUUAUGGGAGAGCUUGUUCCCCUUUCAAUAUUAAAUCAUAAAAAACUAUUAUAAGUAACUUAUCGAAGAAUGCAAUUUAGGAGAAAAUGCAAUUUUUUUAAAGCUGUACAAUUUAUAAUAUAAGUUCCUAGGUGCUAUGUUUUACGAUUGUAAAAUUAGAUAGGAUUAUAUUUAUAAAUAGAUAAGAUUUAAUAAUUAAGAGAAUACAAGUAAAAUCAUAGUACCUAA